AUGACCACACUCACGAUGAUGACGUGCCGUCUGCUGUACGCCCUGCUGAUGCUCGCCCUGUGCUGUUGCCCGUCCGUGUGCGUGAAAGCAAGUGUUCAGAAGCAGGAAACUACCACUACGACUACCACAACGAAGCCACCAACUACGACGACCACGACCACAACGAAGCCACCAACUACGACUACAACGACCACUACCACAACAAAGCCACCAACUACGACUACAACGACCACUACCACAACCACCACGACCACUGCGCCG